AUGGAAGUGGCCGCUGCCCUUGGUAACCAUCGAAAGUUAUUCCGUCUGAUACGGGAAACGGGCAGCAGGAGACCUGGUGUUAGUGAAACAAUUUAUGACGAGAGUGGACAGCCUAUCCACAAUUUGUCAAAAUGUUUGGAGCGUUGGGCUGAGCAUUUUGAAAAGCAAUUUAAUCGGCCGGAAUUGUCAGUUUUCUCACCGGCCAGUGAUCGCCCUGCUCCGUGGGCUGUCCCUUUGGAUCCGCCCUCUCGCUCAGAAGUCAAACGUGAGAUCGGACUGUUGAAGUUGAACAAAGCCGCGGGACCAGAUGAUCUUCAUCCAGCCCUCUUCAAAUUCGGGGGCUCUGCUCUUGUUGAUGAUUUACAUGAAUUACUAGUGAAACUGUGGGAGCAGGAAACUGUCCCAACCGACUGGAGCCGCUCCGUUAUUGUUCCCAUCUUCAAAGGAGGCUCGCGUUCGGAAUGCGGCAACCAUAGAGGAAUCAGUCUGAUCCCCAUCGCCUCCAAAUUACUUGCCUCUGUAAUCCUUCACAGACUGACUGACGCUCGUGAAAGCCAGAUUCGUGAGGAGCAAGCCGGGUUUCGUCGGGGUCGUGGCUGCAUCGACCACAUCUUCACCUUGCGUCAGUUGUUGGAGCACCGUCACACAUAUUGGCGACCCACCGUACUCGUGUUCCUCGACAUCAAAGGUGCCUUCGAUUCGGCUGAUCGAUGUGCCCUUUGGAAUUGUCUACUCAGAAAGGUGUGCUAG